AUGACGGUGAACUCGAAGGACGGAUUUGUAGAAGAGAAGCGGAGAUACAUGAGAAAUAGAAAAGUUUCGUCUCAAGUACCGCAGUCCAUGCGGGACUUGAGACGAACACUUCCACCUAAAAUUACUCCGAAUAGCGAGGCAACUCUAAAUUUUUUUGAGGCGCACUGUGCGGAAAUCCAUCCAGAGCGGCGUAAACAACGACGAAUUCGAACAACGUUCACGUCCGGUCAGUUGAAGGAAUUAGAAAGGAGUUUUCUGGAGAGUCACUACCCCGAUAUCUAUACCCGGGAAGAUAUAGCUAUGAGGAUUGAUCUCACUGAAGCCAGGGUUCAGGUCUGGUUCCAAAAUAGACGUGCCAAGUACAGAAAACAGGAGAAGCAGCGGCGAGCGAAAGAAGAAGGUGAGGACACCGAGAAAAAGUCUGAAGUCGACGAAAAAGUUGUCACCAACGAUGCUCUGUCCGAUCUUGUCGACCAUUAG